AUGCUGGGCAAGGCAGAGAAGGAGUGCCAGCGGAGCAUCAGCCACAUGUUUUCGCAAGACUGGUUUUUCAAAACACUUGUCGAGGGAGAGGAAGAGGUCACCGAGCUCGCCAAGGUCCUCCCUUGUGUUCCGAAUUUCUGCAGUCUUGGUUUCAACGCCGCAGGCGAACCCUUUCCUGUCGGGAUCUGCAUGGUGAGCGAGACGCUUGCGUCACUACGAACGAGCGCGAAAACCUUCCAGGCAAAGGAGAAGUCAGGCACCGCCACCGACACCACGGAAUCUUUCAGACGUAGUUUCACCCGAUCAAAGGCAUCAGAGGAUAGCAUCCGGUUCAUAGCAGAGAAGAGCUCGACAGAGCUGUGCGCAGUGACGGAUGAUAUAUCUGCGAAUGUCAGCGUUGAUAGCACGGGCCAUGUGGAUUUCAUAAUAGACCCUGAGCAUCCAACGCUGUCGACCCACGGCGCCUACAUCUCGUCAAAGAGUCUGCUCACGAUCACGCAGGAACAGACCCAGGGCGGUAUUGAGCCGACUGGUUUCGGAGUGAAGAUACUUGCGACAUCCUGUGUUAAGACGAUCGUGGGCUUCGUCGCGGACACCCGUGAGGUCAGGCCGGCGAAGACACUGUCCCAGGCGGCUCAGGCGGCUUCUAUCGACAUGUUCCUUGACGAGGAGCUCGGCGCCGCUUCCGGCUCCAUCGGCCUGGACUGCCUGGGCGGCGUGGUGCGCUUCCGCUGCCCCGGGGGCAGCGGCUCCGUGGAGGUGCCCGGCGGCCCGGUGCAGGCCGGCGAGCACGUGCUGGCGACUCUGCAGAGGAAAGCGGGCGGCGCCUGGGAGGUCGUCUUCGAGAUGCGCUCGCGGGCCAAGGGCGUCCGGCCGGCCGCGAGGUGCGUCUUCGGCACCUUCAGCGCCGCGGAGCUGUACCCCUGCGUGCAGCUCGUCGCCGUGCCGCCGCGGGCCCCCAGCGCGCAGCUCGGCUGGGCGCCCGGCCGGGCGCUGCUCCGGGUGAAGGUCGUCUCCGCGUGGGGCCUUCACGGCGCGGGCCACGGCCUCCGCAGCCACCGCAGCGGCCUGUUCGGCAACAGCGGCGUGUCCGACCCGUACUACUGCGUCUGCGAGCUGAGGGGCGGCCACGCUUCCCGGGCGGCCUUCAAGACCAAGGUGGUGCCGAACGGCUUGAGGCCGGUCUGGGAUGCGGAGUGCGGCUUCGGCGGGUACCUGCCCGAGGAGUGGCUGGUCUUCACCGUGAUGCGCAAGCACAGCCACAGCUCCUCGACUGUAGGCCAUGCCGCCAUUCACAGCGUGGACUUUCUUCCGCACGGUUUCCAUGGCGAGCUCCUGCUCCGUGACCCGUUCGACCCCGCCAGGCAAGAAGCCUUCAUCAACGUCGCGAUCGAAGCAUCGGAUAGUCAUGACGACAUGGAGGCUAUCCUCACGGGGGUUUCAGGCCGUUGGGAACCACAGGCCGACACCGGAUUCGAGGCGUCGGCCGACAUUGGAUCGGAGGCGUCGCCCUCGCAGACGUUGGGCAGCGGCGACGGCCAGAGAUUGUCUGGAAGAGCACGUCUCGCCCUGAACUUCGAGCCUAUGAACGGGGCAACUGCAGAGGGAAUCGGUCAGAUGUUCCACGUGCUUUUCAAUCAUAUGAUGCACAUGUAUUCGGAAAAGCACGAGCACGGAUUGUUGUCUGAUCUUGCACUGUACUGGCUCACAGAGUCUGUUCUGCGCGGAGUUGACUGCGCCAACCACGAAGUCAACGCGCUGUCCUCGGUGGACCUGGGGAAGCACAGCAGGAAUGACAUUGGCGCAGAAGUCUCUACCAUGUACGAGCCGCUGGUGGUGGAAUAUCUAAGUCUGGAGAAUAUGAUCGUCGACGAGGCGCUGUGGUGGGAUGUCGUGAGAUUCCAGGCUGGCCAGCACGAGGUGGUGCGCGCAAAAGUCGAAGCACUCUGCGCCUUCGUGGAAGCUCACGUCAGCAUACGGGACAAUGCCGUGACAGGCAGGUACCCACAGUUCGUGAAAUUCAUAGAUCAGGUCAUCUUGAAGGCCAAGAAUAAUAUGCAGCGUAUCUGUGACUUGCAGCCCGACAGGUGGUACUUUGCCAAGCACACCCUGGCGCUGCGCUUCAUUCUCCGCAACCGCCUGGACAAGCUAAGGGGCAUGGUGGCCGCCGGGCUGCUCACGGCGCGCGACGUGGGCGUCUUGGAGAAGGAUCUCCGCAUGAGGCUGGCUGAGACGGAGCUGUACAACGGGAGCUACCGGAGAGCGUGUUCGCGCUGGUGUGCGCGGCGCUGCAGAGCUUCCACCUGGUCCAACGUGUGGGACUACGCGGGUGCUGGCCGGCCUGUUGCGUGA